AAAAGAGCUUUCUUUUCUUUUUUGUUUUGUUUCAUGGAUGAGUUUUUUUCCCCCUCUAUUCAUUUCAACCGAAUCAGCGUCCACUCCACCAAUUUCUAAAUCCGUAACAGUAACAAAGAAAAUACCACCAAUACGCUGAAACUGCUACAUCCUCUGCCUUUGUUGUAUUUUGUUUGUGUGUAAGUAAAUAGCAUGAAGUUGGGGCUCUGUUGGUUUCUUAGUUCACUUUAUCUGAUUUCUCUCUAUAUGUCUCCAAUUUUCGAGAUCUGUGGAUUUUUUUUCUACAUGGUUUCACGGCAUUUUUCUGUUGUUGCUGGGUUUUUUUUAUUCAACCAUUAAGAGAAACUUUGACAGAUUUUGGGUGAAUGUAAUCGUUGAGAAGAAGAAAAAAUGAACCAGCGCUGUUUAAUAAGUGUAGAGUUGGAAUAUUAGCAUUUGCAACUUUUCUCUUAUCUCCAUAACUGUUUCUUUUGUAAAAAAAAUAUAAAACCUUAGUUUUGAUUUUAGUAGUUUGCUUUACUUUUGAAAUUUUCUAGUUUUGAUUUUAGUAUUUUGCUUUACUUUUGAAAUUUUCUUUUUAUUUUGUUUUUAAAUCUGAGUUUGUAAAAUCAUAUGUAUUUGCAUAUAAUUUGUGGUAUACUUUAUUAAGUAAUACAUUUGUAAUAAUUUAUAUAUUUUUAAAAUUUCCUUGGCAAUUUAUUAAAUUUAAUUGAUUUACAGAAUAGAUAUAAAUACAUUCAUAAGAGUGAAAAAGUUUUUGGGUUAGAAUUAGAAAACCCAGGAGGCGGAGUUGAAGCAAGUUCCAUUGCUUAAGAAAUUGAUUUACAGAAUAGAAAUAAAUUUAUUCAUAAAUAUGUACUCAAGGGUUGUUAAAAAGAUGAUUUUAAUAGUCAGAUUAAAAAAUUAAAUAUGGGCCAGGCCGGGCUUACAAUAUAUAAUCCGGGUUGGUUUUGGGCAAAAUUUUAGGCUCACUGCCUAGAAAACGGGAUUAAAAUUUUGUUGAGGUCCGGCUCAUGAUCAGCUCUAGUUUAGAGUCUCAAAAUUUUUAACAUAUCUGUUUAUGGAGGUUGAAAAUUAGGGAGGGAAAGUUAGUGUUAGGUGAAUCAAUAUGAAAUCGCCGGCGUCAGCUUCAUGGAAAGCCCCUCUAAAGUUCAGGAUGCCAACAGCUGAAAAUUUAAUACCCAUUAGGCUUGACAUAGAAGUCGAUGGACAGCGCUAUAAAGAUGCUUUCACUUGGAACCCUUAUGAUCCGGAUUCAGAGGUGGUGAUGUUUGCAAAAAGGACUGUAAAAGACUUGAAGCUUGCCCCUGGUUUCCUUCCGCAAAUUGUUCAAUCCAUUCAGUCACAGCUUGCCACCUUUCGAUCAUAUGAAGGUCAAGACAUGUAUGUUGGUGACAAGAUCAUUCCAAUUAAGCUUGAUCUUCAAGUCAAUCAUACAGUUAUCAGGGAUCAGUUUUUAUGGGACUUGAACAACUUUGAUAGUGAUCCUGAAGAAUUUGCUAGAACUCUCUGCAAAGAUUUAGGUAUUGAAGACCCUGAAGUUGGGCCUGCAGUUGCCUUUGCAAUCAGGGAGCAACUUUAUGAGAUUGCAAUUCAAAAUGUAACUUCAGCAAGGGAGAACAGAAUAAGCAAAAAGGGUCGUCGGGCUGCUGAACAUUUCACUCCCAGUAAAGCUAGUGGUGCUGCACUGGACUUGAUGAAGUUAUUCAGUUUCAGGUCAAGUGUUGUCCGGAAAAGAAAGGAGUGGGAUUAUUAUAAACCCGUUCUUGACCUUUUAUCUAAUGAGGAAGUAGAUGCUCUCGAAGCCAAAGAAGAAAGGAGUGGCCGGUAAAUAGACAUAAUACGUAUAAAUGCAUUUCUAAUUCUUUCGUGUCUUUUUCUGCUCAACAGUGUGUUAGAUGUUACGAGAAUCAAUUAUAUUAGGCAGUUUAUGCUGUUUAUAAACGAUAACAUUUUCAAGAACUAUCAGCUGUUAGCAUAAAAUUUAAUGGCGUCGGCCAAGUACUUAAAAAAACCCGACUUGGUUAAUAGUUUCCAAGUUCAUGUACUAGUUAGGUCUGAAAAAAGUUCAGGCACGAGUUAAGUAUAAGUUGUCAAGUUUAAAGGCUAAAGUAUAUAUUAAUUUUUUUUAGGACU